GCCACCUGGCAACAAGCCAAAUUGAAAUACCCGUUGCAAAACGAAAAAGCUUAAAAAAGAUUUUAUGAAGUGCGCAUGUCAAUGUUUGGUAGAAGGCGUUGAGAUAAAUAUGGAGAGAAUAGUGAAGCGGUACCGAACACUGGGUAACAAAAAGCAUUAAAAAUAUGGAUCACCAAAAAGAGAUAGAGAAGAAGAAAUACAGAAACUGGGUGAGGGGUGGACUAGCUUACAAAUAUCUUAAACAAGGUCUUGAAAAUUUUGCUGAUGAUGUUGUGAAACGAGAACACACAAGAAUCCUUGCGUCUAUCAAUAACACCGCACACACUAACUGUAAUUUCUGCUUACUACGAAAUUUGCAACCGUUACAUACAUGUAAAAAGGGACAUAAUGGACAGAAAAUUUGUCCAUACGAACUCUUUAACUGUAACUGUGUACAUAGUAAGAAACAACCAUGCCCUUCAAGCAUAUGUGAUGGCGUUAUGGAAGAAAUAUUAAAGAGUCAUGGAUCCUUACCUCCUCAGCCAAACUGGAAAAAUACAGAUAUAAAGAAAUGGUGUACAGAGCCAUGGGAGGUGGCCAAAUGCUACAUAAAUGCACCUGGCUAUGCAGACAAGAAAAAUGCAGCUGAUAUAGAUGCAUCUGGAUUGCUCCAUGUUUUCAUAAAUAAUACCAAUCUUCAUUCACAUUUAGCAUGCUCGAUGACAGGCAACACUAACAUAUUCAUCAAGACACGUGCCAGAAGAAAUUCUAUUUUCCAUUCACCGUCAAUGGAAAUGGAAGAUAAAGAGUUGAAUGAAUGUGUGGAUGAUAUAAUUGCGAUCUUGGAAGAUGCUAAAGAAAUAAAGACGAGAGACGAUGCCCAAAAAGCGGUUACGAAACUGAAAAAGUUACGGUAUGAUGAUUUCGUAAUAACAACCCACAACGAGUUGGAGGUAUGUCGGGAAGCUUUGUCUACCGUCACAAGAAUGACUGUUGAACUGAAUCAGUUGAUUCAAAAAACAAAGGUUGACAUUGAUAUAAAACAAGCCAGCGCAUCUAAAGCCAUAGAUAGUAAAAUACAAACAGUUCUACAAGAUGCUGCGGAGGCGCUAGCUAACAAUGGUGAACUUAAAGAGGUUGAACAAGCAAUCAAAGUGUUAAAUACAAAAGUGGAUAAUUCUGAAAGGAACUUUAAGCAGCGGCUGAUACAGAUAGAGAAUGACAUAGCUACAUUGAAAGCUUCAGGUGAUCAACAGAAAACCAAAGAAAGGCUGAAAUAUUUGGAGGAUAAACAAAAGUUACAGGGAGAGCUUGUUAAAUAUUACCAGAAGUAUUUUCUGAAGACAUCGGUUUCUCCUUUGAAGCAAGAGGAAGAUAACAUUAAGGUAAAAGAUGUAUAUGUACCUCCUGAGAUAGAAGUUAUCGAAGAAAAACAUUUUGAUAAUACGGAUAAAAUGAAGCAAAAGACGCAUGAGAAGAAAUAUGUGAAAAGAUACCAGGAAAUCUUUCAAACUAAAAAGCAGCAGAAUAAGAAGAUUUAUAUAGUGGGCGACGUUGGAACAGGAAAGAGUUUCUUCUGCAAAAUUAUGAUUGAAAACUGGUGUGAAGCGGUUAAUGUUGCGUCAAGAAAAGAAAUAGGCGAUGAAAUUAUUCACAUAUCCAGUGAAAUAGAUAUAUACACCGUCAACCGCUGCUGA